GGAAAGGUGGCGAACCGGCGGCAGGGCAACAAGGGCAGCGGAAACUGCAACGGCAGCGGCGGCAGCGGCUGCAACGGUGGCGGCGGCCGCUCGGGGAGAGUGAAUGCCGCGAGCGUGCAGGGAGCGAGCAUUCAGAGCACGGGGUACGUGGUGGCGGACAACCGCGAGAGGGGAUCGCAAGAGGGACGGCUCCGGCGACCAGGACCGCGACCGCGACCGCAAGCGUGACGGCUCUGGCUCCCGCUCCAGCUCCCGCUCCGGCUCCUCCGGUUCCUCCUCCUGCACCCGAUCUGGCGGCUGCACCGGCAACGGCGGCGGCGCUGGGCGGCAGGGUUCUGCGCAGCAACAGGGCCGCGGAAGUGGCGCAGGUGCGGGUGCGGCUGGUGGACGUGCGGGCAGCAUGAGCGGAGGAGGGGCGCGCCAGGGGGGGGCUGGCCGCACGGGCGCAGGUGCAGGGAACAGGGCUGGCGGAAGUGGGAACUGUAACGGAAGUGGGUCUGGUAACUGCAAUGGGAGUGGUGCGGGGAGGAAGGGAGGGAGGAGGGGAGGACGAGGGAACAGCGACAAUGAUGGUGAUGAUUAGACUAGAAUUGAGGUGGACGGGUUGGUGUGAUUCCAGCUGUCUUGCUGGAAGCUAGAUGGCCUCAUGGAGCUGGGAAAACAAGGGAGAAGAGAUGCAUGGAGAAAGUGGAUUGGGGAAGCAAACAUUCCGAAGUUGGAUAUGGUGGUUCUGAGAAUGGUGGGCUGGAGUUUAGCUAGAAGUUUGCUUUGUGCUUUGUGGGCUCUGGUAUGGUCUUGCUUUGUUAUGGUUGUUUUGGUUGCUUGAGAGCUUCUUAUUGCAGCUGGUCUUGACUGAUUAGUAGUGGUUUGGUUUGUAAAUGAAAUGGAAAAUGGAUU